CAAACAAUGAAAUGGCCAUGUACCUGUUGGAUUUGUGGGAGGCUAGUCAAAGAAGUGAGGAACUGCGGCAUGAAACGCCAGUGAAAAAAACUGUAGUUUUGCAGUCAACACCAGUUGCAAGCACAAGUAAACCACCAGAAUUGAAAAUGUCUGAUAUUUCUGCAUCAGAAAAGGAAUCCUCAGAAAAGUCGUCUGAGCCAGAAGAUGAAGGACGCUCCUCCACAAGUUCAUAUUCUGAUAUAGAGGAGAGAUACCUUGAAAAGGCUAGACUAACAGAGGGGUCAGUGUUGGACAUUACAUAUGAAGUGUUGGAACCGGAAAAGGAAGAUGUCAGCUAUCGCCCCACAUUGAGUGAGGAAGAAGAUGCCAUGGAGGAUAUUGACAUCAAUUCAGAUGAAGAUGUGGACUUUUCCUUUGACAUAUCAAUAAGGGAGGCUGAUGAAGACAAUGACCACAUGGAGAUUAUUGAGGCUGGAGACUUGAUCUUUGAUGUCAGUGAGGAGAAGGAAGCAGACCAACCAGAAGAAGAAGAGAUAACAACAGAGGCCGACAGACAAGAGGAGGUGGUGGACUUAGUAAGGGAGAGGAAAUGUAUUGCGUUUGACAGAAAUCUAUUAGAACUGGCAAGACUAAAGGUGACAAGUGUGUGUGACAGGAAAAACUGCAGGAGUAAUGUAAAGAUGACUACCAAACGGGUUGGAUCAAGUACAACAAUUCAAUGGAAGUGUGAAGCAAAAGCACACCUAGUGAAGCAGUGGUCGAGUCAGCCAGUUGUAAGGAAGAAACCAGCGGGUGACAUUAUUCUGUCCACUGCCAUCCUCGUUAGUGGUAACAACUAUGAGAAAGUGAGACUGCUGGCUACAGUGAUGAACUUGAACAUAACGCCAUCCACUCAACACCAUCAGUACCUGUCUCACCAUGGUAUUCCCAUCAUAAAGGAAGAGUUUGACGAGAUGAUAAGAAGGAAUAGGGAGAAGUAUGCUGGUCACGAGGUAGUAAUAAUGGGUGAUGGGAGAAUGGACUCGCCAGGAUUCUCGGCACAGUAUUGUACUUACACUGUGAUGACACAUGACAGCAAAGACCUCCUGGCUUGUGUCAUAGUGAACAAACGAGAAACCAACAUGACGUCUACACUAAUGGAGCGAGAAGGCCUGAAGCGCUGCCUACAACAACUUCAAGAUGCUGGCAUCUUUGUCAAAGAACUUGUAACUGAUGCAAGCACCACAAUAUCAUCAAUGAUUGCUAAAGAGUACCAACAUAUCACACACUCAUUCGACAUGUGGCAUGGUGGAAAGAACUUUGGCAGAAAGUUAGCUGGGGUUGCUGCCGAGGCAAAGAAUAAGGAGCUACGACCAUGGGUACCCGAUAUAGUAAACCACUUUUGGUACAGUUGCAGUUCAUGUGAUGGUGAUGCAGACUUGCUCGAGGACAAGUUGGUAGGGAUUCUUCAUCACGUUGUCGAUGACCAUGUAUUUCCUUUGGGUGAAUGUGAGCAUGGAGAGUUGCAAGAAGAUCCCUCCAAACCCUAUAUUGAAUCUGGGAGUCCUGCUCAUAUAGCUUUGACAAAAGCAGUGAUGGACGCUCGCUUCAUAAACAAUCUGCCAUUCUUCAAGAACUUUCGCCAUACUGGCGAGUUAGAAACGUUCCAUGAACACAUACUGAUGUACGCUGCAAAAAGAUUCGCAUACACCCACCCUGUUUACAAAGCAAGGAACUAUUUAGCCUGCCUUGACUACCAAGCACACAAGGAGAGAAAGGUGUUGACUGACAAGGAUGGAAAACCUAGACAGCACAGAAAGUACUCCAAAAGGGGGCAUAAGUACACGACCUUCGCUGUGAAAGAGAAGAAGACGUACACAUAUGUGCCGAACAUGAUUCAUAAAGUGGUACAACAUUUUGCUGUAUGUGCCGAGCCACUGACGGCGCCGGUCAAGAUGUCGCCAACAGACCCAAGGAAGAAAAGGAAAACCUUGGGGUCUCCAGAUACCCCACCACCGACCAGCUCUCUGGCAAAGCAGUCAAGGUUUAAAUUGGAGCUGGAAUAAACAUUGCACAUUAACUUGUGUGUUACUGAAGAAUGAUUGUGAAGAUAAUGAUACUGAUUCUUUGCCAUUUGUCAGUGUAUAUUUGUUGUCAGUAAGUGUUAAUGGACAAUUUCAUUCUUUAGAUAUUAAUUGUUACCAACUUUCAUUUUAGUGUUGCCUGCUACAAAGUAGCUACAUAUAUAGGGAUCACUUCUCAAUCAUCUUUCUAUCUGUCUUUCACACUUUUGUCCCAACCAUAUCUCUUAAGUAUUGAUGGCAUCAAUGUUAAUCUUGAUACAGAAAUAGAGCUCUUUGAGAAGUGCAUUGAAAAAGAACCAUAACUCUGGGUUUUCCCACUUUUAAAUUAUUUCCUUUGUUCAAAAACCUUGUCCACACAAUAACUUUAAAAGCUGGUCACUUCUUAAAAUGAUAAAACUAAUUUAGAGGAGGUGCAAUGACAAAGAACUAUAACUCUAGUUGGUCUUAUAUUUGAAUUACCUCCCUUUUCCUAAACCCUGUCCAGACGGUUACUCUAAAAGUAUAAAAGGUUGGAGUGUGUAACUUUGUAAAAUGAUUAAGCAAAUUGGGGAAAAAAAAGGAGUUAUAAGGAACCAUAACUCUACUUUUUGUAUUAUUUCCCUUUAAAAAAAAAGCUGUAUUUUUUAAUUGCCUCUAAUCAGGCAACUGACACAAUUACUUAUCACCCUUUUUGCUUCAACAUGUUUGUUAUGUAUACGAAUACUUUAUAUAAUGUAAAGUAUUUUAAUACAGUUAUUGAGCAUUUAUUAUUUCAUUAACAUAACAAGAUCACACGAAAAAUGCCUGGAGAUGACUUGCUUGGGAUGUCAGUAUCGGAUCACUUAUGAAAGCGACCCUGAAUUUAGUUUUUGGGCACAUACAAAAUAACAUGCAUAACAGAUGGAAAACAGUAAGCACUUUUAAGCAAUGGUUUAUCCUCUGAAGGCAUUUCUUGUGUGACAUUGUUUUAUAAACAUUGAUUGAUGUUGUCAGAUGAAGGUCUUGCAUGGAUGGGGAUUUGGGUCGCUUGUUACAUGUUGGCGAUGUAAGCUUAACAAAUACUGUCUUUGGGACAGUAUCACUUUAAGAGGUCACAAUGUUGCAUGGAUUUCCUUCAAACUUUGUCACAAUGAUAAACUAAGUAAAAGAAAAGUCCAGGUCCUAUCUAAGUAGUGACCUUUAAAACUAGGUCACAAGGUCAAAUCAUAGAAAAACUGAACUACACUGGAGGCCUCAAAUGUAGGUCAAGUUCCAAUAUAACAUUGAAGUUGUAAGGUCCAAUCAUAGAAUCUCUUGUAACAAUCCGUGUUCAAAAUGCUUUGCCCAGCUUUUUAGAUAUUUCAUAUGUAGAUGCACAUUAACGAGUUCAAUAGCAAGCAUCCUUGAAAAACACUGUUUACUGCCAGAUAUGUAUUCCCUCACGAUGCAAAACACCCAGACUCCUGCGUCCCAAUGUCAACACUAGUCUUAUACUUGUUAUAUUAAGUGUCUGGUUCAUCUUUAUACGCCUUUUUUCAAAACGGGACGUAUAAGAUAACCCUUGGCGUCCACAGCAGUGUCCGCUCUCUAAUUCAAAUAAUUUUCAUCAGAUCUUCACCAAACUUGGUCAGAAGUUGUAUCUAGACAAUGUCUAUGUCACGUUUGAACAUGGGUCAUUCCGGGUUAAAAACUAGGUCACUGGGUCACUUCGUGCAUUUCAAGGAUUUAGCAAGGUGUCCGCUCCCUUAUUGAAAUACUUUUCAUCUGAUCUUCACCAAAUUAGGUCAGAAGUUGUGUCUAGAUGAUAUAUAGGUCAAGUUAAAAUAUGGGUCAUGCUGGGUCAAAAAAUAGGUCACAUGGUCACUUAGUUCGUUUAAAACAAUCACCUUUGUGUAUUUUACCCUAGUCCAUUAAUUGUGAUAUACACUUGUUUCGCCGAAUUUCCUUCGUGCUUUCCAUGAUUAAGGAAAUUGACAGUCGGUAUUUUAUUUAUGGGUAUUGUUCAAAACCUUCAAACGGGCGUAUCUUGUGAUAGUUUGGCAUUCUUGUUUAGCUGACAAUGUGAGGUUUUGUGAUUGCUUCCGCUGUUAAUCAAUUUCACCGUUAAUACUCCAGCGCUUUCUUUUUUGCUUUGAUUAUCACCAAACUUUUUGAGAAGUUGUAUCCCAAUGAAAUAUCAACUUUGAAUAUGGGUCAUGGUGGGUGUGAAACUAGGUCACUAGGUCAAAUAAAAAAAUCUUGUUACCACUUCAUAGACCAUAAUUUUGCUCCAAUCUCGUGAAAGUUGGUCAAAAUAUUUGUUUAAUGAUUUUAAGGUCAAGUUGGAAUAUGGGUCAUGUUGAAAAUAAAAAGGUCACUUGGUCAAAUGAUACACAACUUUGUUACCGCUCUAGAGACCACACUUUUGCUUUAAUCUUCAUGAAAGUUGGUCACAAUUUAUGUUUUCAUGAUUUAAAGGUCAAGUUUGAAUGUUGGUCAUGUGGAAUCAAAACGAGUUUAAAUGAUAAGAAAACCUUGCUGAUAAUCCAGAGGCCAUAAUUUUGCUGAUAACAGAUGAGAGCAGGAUCUAUGAUCCUCUUGUACAUUUAUCAAAGGGUUUUUAAAUUAUUUAGCUUAACUAUUCACCAUAAUCAGAUAACACAUCGCACCCAAUACCAACCA